GUGCUGCCGUGGUGUCAUGGUGCUGCCCCUGGACUGAGGGAAAGAAAACUCUUUUAAGUUCAGCCGGGGAGAGCCGACCGCGAGAACGUCGCGGCCGCCGGGCUAUUUGUUCCCUACGGGCCUUGCGGGCUGGUGGAUUCCUGGCUGCUGCGCGGUGGCGGCGGCGGCGGCGGAGCGGCAGCUGCGGCGGGCGGCGGCCUAGAGUGGCGGUGGCGGCCCGGGAGCUCGCGCCGGAGCCCAAGCCAGCUCGUUGAGGAGGCAGGCGAGCGCCCGGCGGUCCCUGGCGCGCGGAGGAGAUGGCUGGCACCUGGGAACGCUAUGGGUGAAAGCCCAGCCUCUGUGGUUCUUAAUGCCUCAACAGGAUUAUUUUCACUAAAGAUGGAAACACUGGAGUCUGAAUUGACCUGUCCAAUCUGUCUAGAGUUGUUUGAAGACCCCCUUCUUCUCCCUUGUGCUCAUAGCCUCUGCUUCAGCUGUGCCCAUCGCAUCUUGGUCUCAAGCUGCAGUUCUGGUGAAUCCAUUGAACCCAUUACAGCUUUCCAGUGUCCCACCUGCAGGUAUGUUAUCUCACUGAACCACCGGGGCCUAGAUGGCCUCAAGAGGAAUGUGACACUCCAGAACAUUAUUGAUCGCUUCCAGAAGGCUUCUGUCAGUGGGCCCAAUUCACCAAGUGAGAACCGCCGGGAGAGGACUUACAGGCCCAGCACCACCAUGUCUAGUGAAAGAAUUGCUUGCCAAUUCUGUGAGCAGGACCCACCAAGGGAUGCAGUGAAAACAUGCAUCACCUGUGAGGUCUCCUACUGUGACCGUUGUCUGCGGGCCACACACCCUAACAAGAAACCUUUCACCAGCCACCGCCUGGUAGAACCAGUGCCAGACACACAUCUUCGAGGAAUCACCUGCCUGGACCACGAGAAUGAGAAAGUGAAUAUGUACUGUGUAACUGAUGACCAGUUGAUCUGUGCCUUAUGCAAACUGGUGGGUCGUCACCGAGACCAUCAGGUUGCAUCCUUGAAUGAUCGGUUUGAGAAACUCAAGCAAACUCUGGAGACGAACCUUACCAACCUGGUAAAACGCAACAGUGAACUAGAAAAUCAAAUGGCCAAACUAAUACAGAUCUGCCAGCAGGUUGAGGUGAAUACUGCUAUGCAUGAAGCAAAGCUCAUGGAAGAAUGUGACGAAUUGGUAGAAAUCAUCCAGCAAAGGAAGCAAAUGAUUGCUGUCAAAAUCAAAGAGACAAAGGUUAUGAAACUGAGAAAGUUGGCACAGCAGGUUGCUAAUUGCCGCCAAUGUCUUGAACGGUCAACAGUCCUCAUCAACCAAGCUGAGCAUAUCCUGAAAGAAAAUGACCAGGCACGGUUUCUACAGUCUGCAAAAAAUAUUGCUGAGAGGGUCGCUAUGGCAACUGCAUCUUCUCAAGUUCUGAUUCCAGACAUCAAUUUUAAUGAUGCCUUUGAAAACUUUGCUUUAGAUUUUUCCAGAGAAAAGAAACUGCUGGAGGGGCUAGACUAUUUAACAGCCCCAAACCCACCAUCUAUCCGAGAGGAACUCUGUACUGCCUCCCAUGACACCAUUACAGUCCACUGGAUCUCUGAUGAUGAGUUCAGCAUCAGCUCCUAUGAGCUUCAGUACACCAUAUUCACUGGCCAGGCUAACUUCAUCAGUAAGUCAUGGUGUAGUUGGGGCCUGUGGCCAGAGAUAAGGAAAUGUAAGGAAGCAGUAAGCUGCUCAAGAUUGGCCGGGGCGCCACGAGGUCUGUAUAAUUCAGUGGAUAGCUGGAUGAUUGUGCCCAACAUUAAACAGAAUCAUUACACAGUGCAUGGACUCCAGAGUGGGACCCGCUACAUCUUCAUUGUCAAAGCCAUAAACCAGGCAGGCAGCCGGAACAGUGAACCUACUCGAUUGAAAACAAACAGCCAGCCCUUUAAACUGGAUCCCAAGAUGACUCAUAAGAAGUUGAAGAUCUCUAAUGAUGGCCUGCAAAUGGAGAAGGAUGAAAGCUCUCUGAAGAAAAGUCAUACUCCAGAGAGAUUUAGUGGUACAGGAUGCUAUGGGGCAGCAGGGAAUAUAUUCAUUGACAGUGGCUGCCACUACUGGGAGGUUGUCAUGGGUUCCUCAACAUGGUAUGCGAUUGGUAUUGCCUAUAAAUCAGCGCCAAAGAAUGAAUGGAUUGGCAAGAAUGCUUCUUCAUGGGUCUUCUCUCGCUGUAAUAGUAACUUCGUGGUGAGACAUAACAACAAGGAGAUGCUGGUGGAUGUACCUCCGCAGCUGAAGCGUCUGGGGGUCCUCCUGGAUUAUGACAACAACAUGCUGUCUUUCUAUGAUCCAGCUAACUCUCUCCACCUCCAUACUUUUGAUGUGACCUUCAUCCUUCCAGUUUGUCCAACAUUUACAAUCUGGAACAAAUCCCUCAUGAUACUGUCUGGCUUGCCUGCCCCUGAUUUCAUUGAUUACCCUGAGCGGCAGGAAUGCAACUGCAGGCCACAAGAAUCUCCCUAUGUUUCUGGGGUGAAGGCUUGCCAUUAGGUUUCAAGAGAGCAUAGAAUUCACUGGCUCUCCAGGUCAGCAGUCCCUGCUUUCAUAAGCCUCAGUUAGCAUUCAACAUAUGAGAUACAAAAUAAAGUUCAUUUGAAGCACCCCAAGUAACUAGAUACUGUAGAUUUAAUUUUGUGCAUUAAAACUUAUAUUUGAAUUAAUAUAUUGAGUUUCUCAGAAUGAAUAAUCUGAGUAGUCUGAGUUCAAACCAUGGAACCAAGAAGAAAUUUAGAGAAUGCCUCUGCUGUCAUUGGAAAAAUUUUAAAUUCCCAGUGAUAUCAGAGUAUAAAUGGUAUUGGAAGGAAUUAGAGUAAUUCAAGAUAAAUAAUGUAGAAAGAUGCUUUGAAGGAGGGUCUAGUUAACCAGAAGUAAGGACUGUGGGCAGCCUUCUUAGUGCUGGCCUGUUUGGCCAAAUACAAUUUCUAACAGUGUCAAAUUCUCAUAUAUUGUGUUGUUUUUGUCAAAAACCUACAACCAAGAAUUUGUUAUAAGGAAACAACUGUGUAUAUGUAACAUACAAAAUGAACAGUUUCUAAGCUGCUCCUUUGAGUAAGAAAUCAACCUUAAAGGAAACAUCAAAAUAAGCCCCUCACUCCCUCCAGUUCUUUCCUUAUUCUACACACUCAAUCAUGACAUAGAUUAUGAGAUAGUGAGAAGAACUCCAGAUGGGAUUAGGAGAGAUUUGGAGACGCUAUUGCACAAGAGAUACUACUGCUGAAUAGAAAUCUGAUACAGCUAGAAGAGUCCAAUAUAGCACAAUUUCUCAAAUGCUUCUUAAUGGAGGAAGUCCGUCUAAAGUGGCUUUUUUUUUUUUCAAACGGAAAGAAUGUUUCAAAGAAAUACAAUUCUAUUACUCUCAAGUACAGUUACUAGCAUUAGACUAAAAAGAUGGUUCUAUAGUGAAUUUCUUUAGGAAUUUGCUUUAUUUAACCUGUAGGAAUGGAGUGUUAAGAUACAACUAUUUGCAUAGAGAUGUAUUUUCAGAUAAGCACUCUGGAAGUGCUGAAGAAUGUCUAACAACAUUCUUUUCCUUAAACAAAUUAAGUGAUCAUUCCUCUUACACUCUUGUUUACACUAUUCAUUGGUUUAGCCAACCCUUCCUAGGAAAUACAGAAAUAAACUUCCUCCAAGUCUUCACCAGUGUAGUCAAAGGCUAAGUAGUCUGUGAUUAUGUCAGCUCAGCUUCAGGGGUUGACCAUGUCAAGAGCCAAAGCUUUGCCAGAGCUAAGGCUGCUUCAAGCAGUCUACUCCUUUGGAACUGUGGAAAUGUUAUAGCUGUACAGUUCCAAAGUGGUAUUGGAACAACCCCUAAGAUUGGAGCUUUGAAACAACAUCAAAACUUCUCCACUCCUUGUUUCCAUGGGCUUGGUGGAUGUCCAUUUUUUAGUCUGUUCAAUGAACUCUUAGAAGGUAUCCCUACUACCAUGGAAGUGCACUUAUUCACAAAACACGUUCCUUGCUCUUGAAUGGCUUGUUACUCUGUAGGAGACAUUAUAUACAUCUCUGUUUCAGUUACAGUUGUGUAUUGUCUGUUCACUUAACAUGGAAAACAAGACUGAUGGAGAUUUAAAAAAAAAAGGCUCAAACUGCAAAUCUGAUAGAAAAGUUGUUUGUAGAGACUGUAGCAACCUCCCUACGAUUCAACAGCACUGCUAAAUAGCUUGCUGUAGUGGAAAGCCCAGAAUCUUUGGAAUAAAAUGAUCCUAGCUUAUCUAUCAUUUACUAAUCAUGUGACCUAGAGAGCAAGUACUUCACCUCUCUGAGCCUGUUUUCUCUUCUGUAAGAUAACAUCUGAGACACAUGGGGGUUUCAAAGAUAUAAAAUGAUAGCAUGUUUCAACUGCCUAGCACAGUAUCUGGCAUUUGUUAAUUGUGCCAUAAAUAUUAAACUCCUCCCUAUAUUUAGCCCCCCUACAAUAUAGUGGUGCUUUAAAAUAUAUUUCAUUGAAAGUUUCCUUCAUUCCUCAGUUAUCUUGGUCUCUUCCCUUAAGGCUGUCUCCAAAUUCUUAAACAAAACAAAUACCUUUCCUCCUUUCAUAGCACAUUCCACUGACUCUUAGCAUUCAGUAGGAGGCCACGAUUCCUUAGAAUUUGGCUUUUGGUGUUCUUGUUGGCUUUCCCAGUUUUAUCUUUUGCCACGACUGUGCUUACUAAGUUAAACUAUUUACACAAGUUAUUCUUUGGGCUCAGAGAAGAGACAUUAGUAUUUUUAAUGUCCAGAUUCAUCAAUAGGAAUUUCUCUUAAAUCAAGUGAAUAGUGUGAAAAUGCUGUGUAAGUAUGGAACAUUCCACCUCCACCCUAGUCCGGUUUCCUUUGUCUUGUAUUUGACACUCCAGCGUCAUUAUUUUUGUGCCCUUUAGAUUUUAGUACCCUGAGAUAAAGUUUUAUUUGCCCACCUUACUUUUGCCCUUAGCUUGGGCUACAUUUCCCUAUACCUGCCUCACUCAAUCAGACCAACUCCUGAUCUGUCUUUCUGAGCAAUAAUCACUUUGUAUUGUAGUCUAUUUCAAAGGAUGUUCUUCAGACCACCUAUGUUAGAACUGCCUUUGUUGUUUGUUAAAACAAUUAAUAUCUCAGUACCAACUCCUGAUCUACUUAAUUAGAAUAUCUGGGAGCAUUGGUAGAAAUUUUCAUUUUUUUGACAAUUCAAGUUAUUUCAAUGCACACAAAUAUUUAAUGAGUACUAAUCAUCUUCUCUGUUAGACUGAAGUCCAUGAGGACAAGGACUUUUUCUUUUAUUGUGGCUAUAAUAUUUUUAAUACCAGGUACAGUGUCUGGACCAGAGUGGUGACCUGGUUAAUGUAUAUUGAAUGAUGGAUGGAUGAAUGAAAACUCAAAGUUCCCGCCUUGUACUCUGAUGUCCACAGUGGUAUUCUUAUAUCCUGAGCAGAAAAGCUUGAUGGCUUCCUCAUUAGAGCUGUAUUGUUACCAUUUUUCAUAAGCACCAGGACUUAUACAUAUAGUUGAGCACUGUCCUCAAAAACUCUUCAGCAAUUGUCUUGGAGAAUUACCUUUAGAGUGUGUGGCACCUUUCUUUUCAACAUUUUAAGUUUUUAAAACUUUGAAGAUGAAUAUAAAUGUUGGGUGUAGCCAAAAAUCACUCAGAGCUAAGUCUGAAGAAUAAAAUCAAAAAUUAAAUUGGCUUUGGGGUAAGCAAUGAAGGUUGACACUUAAGUCCCAAUGUAGGAGCCAAAUAAUGGAGAGUUAUUUCCAAGAUGCAACAAAGUACUUAGUAGGCAUGUGGUGAGUCCCAAAUAACUACUUCAGUAAAUUUAAGACUUCAUUAAAUAAGGAGAGUAUUGGAGACCUUAAGGGAAGUCAUUGCUUACCUCUAGAUAGACCCAGUUGAACACAGAGAAUAGGAUUGAUAUUUAAAUUAGAGAAGGUGAUUCCAUAAGAUUUUUCUUGGUUUUGUGUGUUUUGUUUUGUGGGUUUCUUUUUUAUUCAGUCUAUUCUCUACAUUUCUUUCUGUUUGAAAAGCAUUUUCUGUCUGCAAUUUCUGCUUGUUUUUAGUUUUUAUAUUCUCAUAUUGAACAAAGCACAAAAUAGUAAAAAUAACAUUAAUCUUGCUUUGAGAAUAUGAAAAAAUUUAAUGCCAUAUUGAAAUAAGUAUUUGUAAGUAAGAAUGACUGCAUCUGGACCUGUUUUUAUUAUGUAAUUCCAUUGUGUGUCUUUGGAUGCAGUGAAAUUCAGAUGGCAGCAAAAUCACCUAUAUAUGCUUUUUAGCUACAACACACUAGGUGAAUUUUCUAAGCUUCCAUGGUUUACAUAUUUAUAUAUGACUACUUGGAUGGAGCAAUCCAGAGAUGGACUUUCAAAUGAGUUCAAAUAUUUGAUACCCUUUCUUCCAAGGAACAGAGAAUGUAAGGCAGGUAAAUAAGAACCACCGUCAUACUUAUUUCUAGCUCCUGAAGCCAGUUACAGCCUCGGAGCCACUGAACUCUUUUGGCUGUGUUUUACAGGUCAGAUGGACUAAUUGCCAUCAAGUUAGACAAAAUUCCCUCUUAUGGUGGGGGUCUGCCAACUCCAGACAUAUGCUGUGUUGUUAUUGCUUAGAAUAUUUAUUGGACUAUUGUUGGACUAUUUUUUAUCCAAUGCUUUACCCCAGGCCUGUUUGUACUGGGAGCUCUGGACCAGUACUGUCUCUCCAAGUGAUGGAAAUAUGAACAUCUGCAGAUUAUACAGCCUCAUCCCUCUCUAAAAUAUCCCAGCCCAUCCAAAAUGCUAUAUUAUGAAUUAAAUAAAUAUAUAAUGAAUUCA